AAUCUAAUUGUGGCGUGGUAUAAUUUGACCAAUUAUACCCAAAUCGAAUGCAACCCUAAUUGGCACAGUAUUAUUUGAUCCAAAAUACAAGCUCUUCAAAACCCAACCAACAUCGACACUACCCACCAUCAUCACCAAAGCUCUGCAACCAUUCUGCAAUGGCCGACGAGGAACCUGUUGAUCAGAAGAGAUAUCUUGAAGAGUCUUGCAAGCCAAAAUGUGUAAAACCUUUACUGGAAUACCAGGCGUGCAUUAAAAGGAUACAUGGCGAUGAAUCCGGGCAGAAACACUGCACUGGACAAUAUUUUGAUUAUUGGUUUUGUGUUGACAAAUGUGUCGCGCCCAAGCUAUUCACCAAACUGAAGUGAUAAGGAAGGAUUUGAUAUGGCUUAUUGUCAUUGCAUUCUGUUCUACUUUCAUUCCCUAAUAACUUCGACUGAACUUUCGAUGUUAUAAUAACCAAACUAUAUGCUCGGUAUGGUUAUUAUUCUGUUUUUUGUGAAGUUUUGAGUCUAUGCAACCUUAGAUUAUGAUUAAUAAGAACAUUAUUCCGAAAUUUGGAAGGAUGUA